GGGCGGGGCCGGGCCGGGCUGCGGCGGCGCGGAGCCGGUGGCGGAACCCGGGGAAGGGGCGCCGGGCAGUGUCUGAAGAGGAAAGAUCCGUUUUGUGUGGAAAUAAGUGAUUUCCAGAGGACUGCUCCAAUGACAGAGCUGUCUGCGCAUUUACCCCAGUUUCAGCAUGGACAGCUGACAGAAAACUUCCCUGAUACCCACCUCAGCAACACCGUGUUACUGACUUUUUAGCUUCAGAAUUUUCACUUUUAACUAUGUCUGAGGACAGCGAAGAGUCUGUUCCUUUGCUUCCACUUCAGCAAGAGUCCAUGGCCUCUGCUCUGUUUAAUACUGAUCAGAAUGACAACAGUGAAAGACGUCGCCAUGAUCACAGUGAGCGCAGAAGAAAUGACCAUCCUGAGUCUGAGACCAAUGGGCAGCCACAAAACAACAUUCAGCAAGUGGUGGAGCAAGAUGAAGAAGAAGAUGAAGAGCUGACACUGAAAUAUGGGGCAAAACAUGUGAUUAUGUUGUUUGUACCUGUCACGCUUUGCAUGGUGGUCGUUGUGGCAACUAUCAAGUCUGUCAGCUUUUAUACACGCAAGGAUGGACAGCUCAUCUACACUCCUUUCACAGAAGAGACAGAGACAGUAGGACAGAGAGCCCUGAAUUCAAUUCUCAACGCAGCUAUAAUGAUCAGCGUUAUCAUUGUCAUGACCAUACUCUUGGUUGUGCUUUACAAAUACAGAUGCUACAAGGUGAUCCAUGGCUGGCUUAUCAUUUCUUCUCUUUUGCUGCUUUUCUUUUUCUCAUUCAUCUACCUGGGUGAAGUUUUUAAGACAUAUAACGUUGCCAUGGAUUACAUUACGGUGGCACUCAUGAUCUGGAACUUUGGUGUUGUGGGAAUGAUUUGUAUCCAUUGGAAGGGUCCACUUCGGCUCCAGCAAGCAUAUCUCAUUAUGAUAAGUGCUCUCAUGGCCUUGGUGUUCAUUAAGUACCUUCCUGAAUGGACUGCAUGGCUUAUCCUGGCUGUCAUUUCAGUGUAUGAUUUGGUUGCUGUCUUAUGUCCUAAAGGUCCUCUUCGUAUGCUAGUUGAAACAGCUCAAGAGAGAAAUGAAACUCUCUUUCCAGCACUUAUUUACUCCUCAACAAUGAUAUGGCUAGUGAACAUGGCUGAGGAAGAUCCAGAAGCCCAACGGAAAGCUUCCAAAAACUCCACUUAUGAUAAACAAGCUCCGGCAAGCCAGACUCAGAAUGAAGAUGCUGAAGCAGAUGAUGGUGGCUUUAGUCAGGAAUGGCAGCAACAAAGAGACAAUAGAAUAGGACCCAUUGAAUCAACACCUGAAUCCCGUGCUGCUGUUCAGGCUCUGCCCAGCAACUCUCAAACAAGUGAAGACCCUGAAGAACGAGGGGUAAAACUAGGUUUAGGAGACUUCAUUUUCUACAGUGUCCUUGUUGGCAAAGCCUCUGCAACAGCAAGUGGGGACUGGAAUACAACUUUAGCAUGUUUUGUAGCCAUAUUAAUUGGUCUGUGCCUUACACUUCUGCUUCUUGCCAUCUUUAAGAAGGCCUUACCAGCUCUUCCGAUCUCCAUAACCUUCGGGCUAGUUUUUUACUUUGCUACAGAUAACCUGGUGCAACCCUUUAUGGACCAGCUAGCAUUCCAUCAGUUUUAUAUCUAGCAGACUUGAUGCUGGAAUGGGUAUUUGUAGCAAAUCCGGGAGAAGAAAAAAUGUUUUUCUCUCAGUUCUCAAGUGAGAUGGAAGUUAAUUACUCAAGAUUCCAAGCCUGAAUCAUUACAACUUCUUCCGAUGGUGGUUUUUGGUUUGGUUUUUUUCCUGAGACAGCUGCUGCACUGGGCACCAAACGAAUUUUCCUUUGUGAAAGUGGCUCCUUCCUGAUGGCCAGUCUAAACCAGGUGCUAUUAUAUCAGAGGUUUUCUGAUAUACAUAUGUAUCUCUGGUAAGGACCACCUGUGUAAAAAUUGCUAAUGCUUCCACCAGCAGUAUGAUCUCUUACCACAGGUUGAUUGUUUUCACAGCAUUAAGGGUGCUCAGGACUUCCUUGAUGUUAACAGAGGAAGCUGAUGAAUCACAUGGAACGUGUCCCUGUAACUGCUUGAAGAGAGAGAACCCUAUCUGGACUUCUUCAACAGUGAUUUUUUGACAGUAGAGUCCUGACUCUGCUUUAUGUAACAAGAAAGGACUUUGUAGCAAUUUGACAAAGGGAGAAAGUACUGUCACUCUAAGAGUGCUCCAUGAUUUCAUAGCCUCUGUGCCUGAGCGUGUUUGGUUUAGUAAAUUUAAAAGCUUUUUUUUUUUCCACACUGGAACCAGAGCCUCUUCUCAGUUUUAAUACUUGUAUUCUCAAGCAUGGAGUGCACCUUCUGUACGCCUGCUCCAGUUUAUGUAGCUGCUUAGACUUGGACUGAAUUAUUUGACAUUAGAAGAUUAUAAGGUCCUAAUUUGGAUCUUAUAUUUUAAAAGGUUAAUAAACUACAUUAGAAAACAAUUUCAGGACUUUUUCUUUGUGCUCUUGCAAAUCAUUUUGCUAGAACACCAUUUCAAACCCUGCAUUUGAAAGUAGUCUCUAACAGCACGGACUGCAUUGUUGCUGUAUGUUCCUUCUAUUGAAAUUCUUCUGAAAUAAGUAGACAUUUGCAGCAAUCCCAGAUAAAGUUUAGCUUGCCAGAUCUAGAUAUCAGAGUGCUAUUAAAAGCACUUCUAAUGCAUCACUGAAAUUCUUCAUCAUCAAAAACAUGGUUUAGAGUUCUGUUGACCUGAAGUAUUGGUCACUCAGCUGUCUUAACACCUGAGGCUGGACAGGGAUUUUUUUGGUGCAGUAUCUUUAUUGGUGAGCAUACUUAAGUUAGGGGAGACAUUGCUAAAAGUUACGAAGGAGCAAAAUUUGUGACCUUCUUCACUUUAAUUACCUCUCCCAUGAGGAACUGAAGAUUGGAGAAAUGAAAGACAAUAUCACUGAAAAGAAGAUAGCAGAUUUUUAACUUCUUACAAGGAGAAGAAUCUAUUGAAACCUUAAAACUGAUCAACUCUGUUGUCUUCUUCAUUUGGAAGAACUUGUUUAUGAAUAAUUGUGUGGAAAUGAGACUGGUGUGAGAUGAAGUUGGUUUUGCCAUAGACUCUUACUCAGUACAAGUAAUUUUUUCCUUGGGAAGCAUAGGGAGUGGAUGGGCAUUCCAUUUUACUUGCGCCUUGAUACUGGAGUCCUUGCCAAGUAGAACAACUGUCAAAAUCCUGACACUAGCUCCUUUUACCUUUUUUUCCAGGGUUUUGUUUCAUUGCCUAUAGAUUCAAAGGACUGAAACGUCAAAGAUGCUCACCAACCAUUGCCCAAAUAAAGGAAGAAAGGCUGUAAUGUGUAAAUCUGCUUUAAAACCAAGAAAGGCUUUCUUCGAUUGUCCUUGAUAAUGUAUGUUUCUUUUCUAGUAUGACUUGCUAACUGUAGUGUUAGCACUUAUAUUUUCAUAAAGUGUAUUGUCUUGUCUCAUCUGAAGUACUCUUAUUCAUCUCAUUUGUGUUCUGAUUCAUCUUGGAUAGCAUUAAUAAACUAACCAUAUCAGAAUUGCUUACAGUGACUUUUCAAGUCAAACUUGUUUGUGUUUUCUAGCUUAUAUCACUGUUCCAUAUUUUGCUGCAAUGAAAUCUGACUUAAAACAGGUUGGUUGUUUGGGUUUUUUGGGGGGUUUCUGUCAUUUUUUGUUUGUUUGUUUUAUGCGGUGUUUUGGGGUUUUUUUUGAUGAGACUUUGAGUUGGUUUUAUACCAUUGUAACUUGUCCCUUUCCUGAGCAUUAUAUCUAAAAAAAUUCCCUUGUGUAUUUUAUUGGACAUCCCAGCCAUAGUUUUAUUGUAUAGAACAGGAUUCCUAAGAGUUGGCAUCAGUGACAUUUCUUUGCAUAUUUGAGCCAGCUCUCAGUUAAGGGUUCUUACUUAAAUGCAGCAGUCAUCUCUCGUGUUUCUUUUUUGGCUUCAAUAUGCGCCAUGGGAGCACUAGUUCCAUUAAGAGUUGCUUUAGAAUCUAUAGAAAUACACAAAAGCCUUUUCAUACAUUUGAAUGGGUGUUAGAUGUACAACCCAAGGAAGAGCUCAGAACCUUCAAGCACUAAAUUGCCAGUCUUCCACUCCCCAGAGGCGCUUCUGUUAUCCUGCAGUUUCUGAGCUAGUAUAGAGUGACAGUGGUGGAGAGUAUUAAAUUUGUAUUCAUAGAAACUGUUCAAGUUUAUGUUCAAAUCUCAAAAUAAGUUCAGAAAGGAAAUUGCUUUUCGAGCCUAGGCAACGGUAUGUUAAAGUAUACUGCUUAUUAUCAGGUCUUAAUACACCUUCAGAAACCAUAUUAAAUUUUCUAGAUCUGCCCUCUUAGGCCAAGUCACGGUAGCUUAUGUUUCAAAUGAGAUCUUGCAACUAAAGAUUAUCUCAGUACUUGGGUCCAUAUAAGGUUCAGUUGACAGUAGUUUUUGUUUGCAUUUGGGUUGUUACUACACAAAUGCAAAGGUUGUGUCACAUUUCUCUUCUUUGUCUUGAAACACUGAUCUGAGAUCAUGAUUCAUCUUGGUUAGAUUGUUAUAACUGAAAGACUUCUGAUAAGUAGUCUGCACUUUUGAGAGAGUUUUUAUUAUUAUUAAAUUAGUAUGUUAAUGACAGCACAUUAGACUGUAGCUCUGAAAGAACUAUUGUGUAACCCUAGCAGCUGGAUUCAUCUCCUUUGUGCUCAGGCAGACUGGGGGUAACUGUUUUGUGACUGUUUCAGUGUUCAUACUUUGAAACUGGGUAUCAUGGUAGCUUUCUCUCUCCUUUCAGCUUAUGUCAAUGAUAAGUCUCCUUUUUUGGCUGAGCUCCAAAUAAAUGUAUAAAUGAGAAAACAUCAUAACAAAUUACAGAUUUUCCUAAAAUCCAGCCACAUCCAUUUCUCCUUUUUUUUUUCUUUUUUUUUUUUUCUUUUUCUGUUGGGGGAUUUAAUCCAGGGCAAAGAAAAAGAGAUCCAUGGAAGCUGGUCUUACAGCAAAGCAUAUGAUACUGUCAUAUCUAUGUAUGGCUACUAUGGACACACUCAAAUUCAGUGCCAUCUGUGUGAGGUGCAUCUUGAAGGUGUAAGCACAUGAUACUGCAACACAUUCAGGAUAGUUCUGGCUGGGUGGAUGAUGACUUCUUUAAGCCAAAUAAUCAAGGGCUGUGCUCCACUAAAAAUGGCUGAUCUCCUAAAUGUACAAAGCAGACACAGGCUAUUUCAGGCAUAGGAGACUGGUGCUUCUUGGAUAUAUAGAUAUAUAUCUGUACCUAUGGAGAUAUAGAUACAUGUACUCCAGACCUGUAGAUGACAACUCUUCUGCCACUAGUGCAAAGAUUAAAUAUGCAGAAGUAAAUUUUGGGUGGAUGGUACUGUACAACAAAACUUAUCGAAAUGCUUUAUUUCAAAAAUUAGUUUUGGCAAUGCUGUUGAAGCAAGUUUAGUAGACUGUGGAACAUGUCUGCACUGUGAUUGUAUCUCAGUGGUAGCUUGGUCAUUGGAAAUGUUGAAACGUGAACUAGAAUGGAAUUCUUUUACAUUCAAAGUAUUUGCUGUUUUCUUUUUUACAGACACUGGUUUGUACAUAACCUGAAUUGAAUGUGAAUGUUUUUUAAACACCUUUCCGGUUCUUGAUAAGAUAUGGUUUUGAUAGAUUAUUGCAAAUUUUCCUGUAUUUGUCUAAUCAUUAAAAUAAAAGUUGCAUGGAUCCUGA